CGAAGAUACACACGAUCUCGAAGGUAAAUAAUGAAAGCCUAAGGUAAUUGAGAGAGAAAAUAACAAACCUGAUGUUAUUUGACUUUGCGAAAGGGUGACUUGAUGAACAGCACAACCCACGUGAGGCUGUUCCUUUGCGAGUUAGAGACGGAGGAAGACAAAUUUUAUUUAGGUGAAGAAGAAGUUGCGAGAGUCGACAUCAUUGGUACUGUGGUGUACAUCAGCCAAAGGGAGCGAGUCAUUACGUUUCAAAUUGAUGAUGGAACAGGCAUAAUUAGUUGUGCAAAAUUCACCAGCCCUGAGCCUGAAGGCGACUGCGAUCGUCAGCAUUCUCAACGAGAAAAAGGACUUAAUCAUGGCCUCAAAAACCUGCUGCUGAGUUUAGCCUCCCAAGAGAGCCCCUUAAAAUUAGGGGACCUUGUUAAUGUUCGUGGCCGCUUGAAUAUCUUCAGAGAUCAACCUCAGAUUAUUGUGAACAGUUUACGUCAUGUUCAUGAUGUUAAUGAAGAGUGGUUUCGGGUAUUAGAAAUUAAUGCACAAAGGAAGAGCAAAACAGCUUCCAGGAAAAGUGCUGAAGAAUCUGUUAUUCACAGUUCAGACAGACUGCAUUGCUUCUUUCAGUCUGAGUAAAUAUUUAUACAACACUUUGUACCAAUUGCGAGUUGAUCUCCUUACUGGCAAACUUACGAAAUGGAAUCUAUGGAUAUCACAAAUAAGGAGAGUAUUCUAGGCAUACGGCAGCGUGCUAGGGAUGUUGACCAUGCUGCACGCACAAAGAGGCGUAGCCUGGCACGGGAUGCUCGUCGAGUGGAUUUAGAUGACAUUGUCAAGAAGCUGCAG